AUGUCGGUCUGCGGUCUCUGGCUCCUUCUCUUGGCUUUGGAGCUGCUCGGAGGCUCAGACUCUGCAGUAUCAUCUGAUUGUAAAUCAUAUGACGAGCGCUCCAGAAAUGCAGGGAAAGGCUCGCCGUCGGUGGCCACAGAGGACAGGAAGGUGGUCUGCAGCAACAUGGAGCUCCAUCAGGUGCUGUCUCCAGAGUCUUUUCCCAACAGGACAGUCACACUGAUUUUAAGCAACAAUAAAAUCCAAGAACUCCUAAAUGGCUCCUUCAUCGGUUUGUCCACGCUCGAGAGGCUGGACAUAAAGAAUAACAUCAUCACUCGCAUUGAGCCGGGAGCCUUCCUUGGACUUGCUGCUCUUAAAAGACUAGAUUUGUCCAAUAACCGUAUCGGCUGCCUCAAUGUGGAUAUAUUCAAAGGCCUCACAAAUCUUGUCAAACUGAACCUUUCGGGGAACAUGUUUUCAUCGCUGUCUCAAGGGACCUUUGACAGCCUUGUGUCCCUCAAAACACUGGAGUUCCAGAGCCCCUAUCUGCUGUGCGACUGUAACCUGCAGUGGCUGGUGCGCUGGAUCAAAGAGAAAGGUGUAGGAGUAAAGGACACACGCUGCUCUUACCCUCGCUCACUACAGGGCCAGCUCAUAACCUCCCUCAUGCCUGAAACGCUAACCUGUGAUGCACCCCUGGAGCUUCCUUCUUUCCAGAUGACUCCAUCCCAGCAUCAGAUCGUCUUCCAGGGGGACAGCCUGCCCUUCCAGUGCAUGGCUUCCUUCGUGGAUGAAGACAUGCAAGUGCUCUGGUACCAGGAUGGCAAGAUGGUGGAGCCUGAUGCCACUCAGGGCAUCUACAUAGAGAAGAGCAUGGUGCAGAACUGUUCCCUCAUCGCCAGUGCCCUGACCAUCUCCAACAUCCAGCCAGGAUUCACGGGGGACUGGGAGUGCCGUGUGCGAACCAGCCGAGGCAACAACACUCGCACGGUCCACAUUGUGGUUCUUGAGAGUUCUGCCAAAUACUGUGCCCCUGAAAGAGUGUCCAACAACAAGGGAGAGUACAGAUGGCCUCGCACGCUGGCUGGCAUCACCGCGUACCUGCCCUGUGCCCGGCAGGUAACGGGUACAAGCAUCUAUACGGGCAGCUCGGCUGAAGACCGGCGUGCAAGGAGACGCUGUGACCGCAGCGGGCAGUGGGCUGAGGAAGACUACUCCCGCUGCGAGUACAUGAAGGACACCACCCGCGUGCUCCACAUCAUCAACCAGAUGGCUCUGAACCUUACCAACGCUGUACAUACAGCACAGCAGCUCCUGGCUUACACGGUCGAAGCCCCUAACUUCUCUGACAAGGUGGACGUGAUCUUCGUGGCCGAAAUGAUCGAGAAGAUUGGCACAUUUGCUGAGAAAUAUAAAGAGUUGGGGGACGUGAUGGUGGAUAUCUCCAGUAAUCUGAUGCUGACUGAUGAGCGAGUGUUGUGGAUGGCGCAGAAGGAGGCACGAGCUUGCUCCCGUAUUGUUGAAAGUCUGCAGAAGAUCGCUCUACUCAGACUGGCUAGUGGAUCUUACUACACUAACUCUCAUAACAUCGCAGUGGAGGCGCAUGUGAUCAAGGCCAGCAGCUUUAAUGGCAUGACCUGCACAUUGUUCCAGAGGAUGGCGCCAGAGCGCACUAUGAUUCCUCACCUGGGCUCUCUAAACCCUGACUUUAAUAUGGACCGCCAGCUCAGCUUCAAAUGUAACGUCACCAGCAAUCUCUCUGCCCUGGCCCUGAAGAACACAAUAGUAGAAGCAUCAGUGCAGCUGCCUCCAGCUCUCUUUUCUUCGCUGCUUAGCUCUGGUCAGGCUGAAGAUGUUGUCUACAAGCUCCAGCUGCUGGCUUUCCGCAACGGCAAACUCUUCCCCCCAACCGGCAACUCCACCAUGCUGGCCGAUGGCAGCAAGAGGAGAAGCGUUGUCACGCCUGUGAUCCUCACCAAGAUCGAGGGUGUCCCACUAAAGCCCCUGCGAAGCCCAGUGAACGUGACUCUGCGGCGCUUCUUGCACGGUUCGGACCCUGUGGCCGCUCAUUGGGAUUUCAGGGCGCUGGACGGUCAGGGUGGCUGGCAGUCGGAUGGCUGCAGGAUUCUUCACCAUGAUGACAACUUCACUACGCUGUCCUGCAAUUCGCUCAGUAACUACGCUGUGCUGAUGGAUUUGAGUAGGACUGAAUUCAUCACAUACAGCUUCAAGCCCCUCCAUCCAGUCAUCUAUGCCACAGCUAUUGUACUGGUGCUCUGUCUGCUGGCCAUCAUCAUCAGCUAUAUCUACCACCACAAGUCUGUACGUAUCAGCAAGAAGUGCUGGCACAUGCUCGUUAACCUGUGUCUGCAUAUUCUUCUCACUUGUGCUGCAUUUGCUGGGGGUAUCAACCAGACUCGCUAUGCCAGUGUGUGCCAAGCGGUGGGCAUAGUCCUGCAUUACUCCACAUUAGCUACAGCCUUGUGGUCAGGAGUCACUGCAAGGAACAUCUACAAGCAGGUUACACGCAAGACCAAACAAUACGAGGAGCUAGAUGAACCUCCUCCUCCACCAAGGCCCAUGCUGAGGUUCUACUUGAUAGGUGGUGGGAUACCCAUAAUUGUUUGUGGCAUAACUGCAGCUGCUAACAUAAAAAACUAUGGCAGUCGGCCCAGCGCACCCUACUGCUGGAUGGCGUGGGAGCCCAGUCUCGGAGCAUUUUACGGUCCGGCAGCCUUCAUCGUCUUUGUGGACUGUAUGUACUUCCUGAGCAUUCUCCUUCAGCUGCGUCGCCACCCCGAGAGGCGCUUUGAGCUCAAAGAGCAGCCUGAGGAGCAGCAGCGGCUGUCUGUGGCUGAGAUCGCUGAGGUCCCUGCCGCACACGUGGAGUCGUCGUCUGUGUCUGGUGUCCAGCCGGUGUCACUGUCAGCGCUAGAGAAUGAGCAUACGUUCGCAGCUCAGCUCCUUGGCGUGGCUGGAGCCUUGGCUCUCUACAUAGUGUUGUGGGUAUUUGGCGCCCUGGCUGUUUCUCAGGAGCAUCCCAUAGAUCUGGUGUUUGCAUGUCUGUUUGGGGUCGCCGCUUUGGCACUUGGGGCAUUCCUCGUGGCCCGUCACUGUGUCAGUCGCCAAGACAUGCGCCGCCACUGGGCACGGGCCUGCUGCCUCGGGCGACGGAACUACGCUGUCCAGGUUGAUGCCCUCCUUGUGCCAAUUCCAGGGCCUGCUGGGAGCGAGUCGGUCACUACGGGGAAUGGGGAGGUUGGAAGGUGCCCCGCCAGUGGCACAGAGUCGUCUUGCACCAAUAAAAGUGCACCAAGUCUGCGGAAUUCUAACCAGGGCUGCAAGCUGACUAAUCUGCAGGUGGAAGCAGCCCAGUGCAAGGCGAUCCCUGCGCCGACCAAUGGAGUCACUCUGCUGGACAACAGCUUAACAGAGCACUCGUUGGAUAAUGAGAUCAAGAUGCAUGUCACACCUGUUGAGGUCCAGUAUCGCCCCGUUGUCACCAACGGUCACCCUGGGAUAGGGAACGCCAGUGUCAACGGGUACUCGGGACGGCACCACAAGAACCGAGCACGGGCGCACCGCGCUAGCCGACUGACUGUUUUGCGUGAGUACGCCUACGACGUGCCCACCAGUGUAGAGGGCAGCGUGCAGAGUGCCCCUCAAAGACGUCACCAUCAUGACAGCCUGCAUGCCCGCAACAGCCGGCGAGCGGCCUACUUGGCGUACCGUGAACGCCAGCAGAGCCAGCUACAGCAGGACAGCAGCGACGCUAGUGCUAGCCUGCCUCGCCGCUCGCGCCAUUUUGAUAGAGGGGCCAAUAAAGGUGGCAUUAACCUUGGCAAUGGCCGUGUGGGGAACAGCCUCAAAAACGGCCUUGGAGGCAGCCUGGGAAACGGCCUUAGCAGCAGUCAAAGCAAUGGGGUUAGUAACGGAUGUGUAGUAGGAGAGGGAGCUGAGACUGAAGUAUCGAGUUCAGUUAAAGACUGCCCGAAGCAGCCGCUCCCUGUCGAACUGGAGGUGCAGCCCAAGUCUUAUGGGCUGAACUUAGCCUCGGAAAAUGGACCUGCUAAAACAUCAGAGAGGCAACAGAAUUUGCCGUAUCUCAAUAUGGAGUGUUCGGGCUCUGUUAAGACUGGGUUGUGGAAACAUGAAACUACCGUAUAACAGAUGUUGCCUCUUCAUAGACUGCAUAUCAGUUUCUUUAUAACUGUGAACCUCCUGUUUUUUUUUAAUUAUUAUAGACAAUAUAGUUUCAAAGCAGGAAAAAAAGGAUUUAUAAUUGAAUUGUUUGUAUUCAAAGUUGGAAGAAAAUGUUAGUAUACCACUUGCCAACUGUUAGACGAUCUACAAAAGGUCUAUUUUUGUACCAUGUAUUUCCUUUCCAUAUGUAAACAUGAUUUUGUAUGUGAAACUACACAUUCUGGCAUCCUAUGGGUAUAGAUAGGACUAGAUCUUAUGCUCUGAUGUGUUUUGGCAUAAUUAAACGGAUGGUUUCCAAUUGCA